AUGCUAAUACGCCUGAAGGCAAUAGGAGCAAUUGCACAGAUCCAUCCAAGUGUGGAGGAGUUUCCAGAUACUGCUGAAUUUGCAGCCGUACAUUUACACAUCUUACGAAAAUUGAAUUUACCUGACAAUCAGCCACUAUGGUGUUAUGUUGGUAACGCAUUUGUACCACCAAUGGAUACUAAACUGGCUGUAUUGGAUGGUAUGUCUUCAAGCAAAGACAUUUUAACAGUUACAUACUCUCAGGUUGAGGCGUUUGGCUGA